UUCAUCCUGGGGCUUAAGUGGGGGGACACAGGAGCCCUGCGGGGGUGGCUCGUAACUCUGUCUCUGCAACAGCCUGUCAGGGAGGGAGGCACCGGGUGAGGCACUGGCAGAGAUUUUGCAACUGGAUGCUGAAGGCUGAGAGGCACCGCCUCUCCGCCUCUCCGGAGCAGGGAUCAGGGAAUGCCCCACUCCUAGGUGCACCUGGGAUGGGUGGAGAGAGUGCGAGGAACCUGUGCCCGAAGUUGAGUCUAGUUAGGUCAUGGAGACAGCGUGGGGUCUGUAGGACCAAGACCUUGCCCAUGACUCUGAGGGCUGUCUGCCUUUCAUCCAGGCCCUUAUCAGUCUUUUGGGGUGCCUCUUAGCAAAGCUAAACAGGCCCAGGCAGUGACUGGGCGAACCACCCGUGGAUGCCUGGCUGGGCCAGUAGAGUCGCCAGAUUCCAGGCUCUUGGCUGGCUGAGAAGGAGACAGACGGGUGCGGGUUCCGCCUCCCUGGGAGGCCAGAGACCCCGAAGAUGGAGGAACAGGUGUUCAAGGGGGAUCCAGAUACCCCUCAUUCCAUCUCCUUCUCGGGGAGCGGGUUCCUUUCCUACUACCAGGCUGGGGCUGUGGACGCUCUGCGAGACCUGGCCCCGAGGAUGCUGGACACAGCCCAUCGUUUUGCUGGGACAUCAGCUGGUGCAGUGAUCGCUGCCCUGGUCAUCUGUGGGAUUGAAAUGGAGGAGUACCUCCGAGUGCUGAACAAGGGCCUGGCUGAGGUGAAGAAGUCCUUCCUGGGCCCUCUGUCCCCGUCCUGUAAGAUGGUACAGAUGAUGCGACAGUUUUUGUACGACGUCCUGCCCGAGGAUGCCUACAAGUUUGCCACCGGGAAGCUGCACGUGAGCCUCACCAGAGUCACAGACGGGGAGAGCGUGGUGGUUUCAGAGUACACGUCCAAGGAAGAGCUCAUCGAGGCCCUGUACUGCAGCUGCUUCGUUCCUGUGUACUGCGGCUUCAUUCCUCCGACAUACCGGGGUGAGCGGUACAUCGAUGGUGGCUUCACGAGCAUGCAGCCCUGCGCCUUCUGGACAGACUCCAUUACCAUCUCUACCUUCAGCAGCCAGCAGGACAUCUGUCCGAGAGACUGCCCAGCCAUCUUCCAUGACUUCCGGAUGUUCAACUUCUCCUUCCAGUUCUCCCUGGAGAACAUCACCCGCAUGACACACGCGCUCUUCCCGCCAGACCUGGUGGUCCUGCAGGAUUACUACUAUCGGGGCUAUGAUGACGCUGUUUCAUACCUGCGGAGGCUGAACGCUGCCUACCUCGACUCCCCCAGCAAGAGAGUGAUUUUCCCCAGGGUGGAAGUGUACUGCCAGAUAGAGGUUGCCCUUGGCCACGAGCCCCCAGCUCAGCGGGACCAGCUUGAAGAUUCCUCACUACCCCAUGCUCAGGGGGCUCCCCAAGAGGACAGGAAGGAUGGCCAUUCUCCAGCUUCCCCACCAGUGCAGACACCCGAACCCAGGACCAGCGGGGUUGUGGAGUCACCAGGAGGCUCCUCAUCUAAGCAGUCGCCAGCAUCGCCGUCGGCCCCAUCCCAGCCAUGCCCGGAAAUGAGUCCCGGGCUGCCCACUGACCCCAGGGACACUGACCUAGUGAAUCCUCAAACUCCAAGCCUGAAGGAAGGAGUGAAGGAUGGCUGUCAACCGGACUCGGCCCCUGACGACAACGGAGGCACAAAGAGCCUGCCACCCGUGUCGCACACCUCAGACUCAGCGGCAGGCGCGCACAGCUCAGAGGCUGGAUCCUCAGUGCCUGAAUCAUCACCUGAAUCCCCUCAUUGUUCUGGACUGCUGCUCAGACAUCCCCAGGCAGCCACAGCAGCCGGGGCAACCUCUGGACUUCCGCCCUCGGAUCCUUCAACACCACCUGCCCUGCCACCCAUGGAGGAGCCCAGCCCAGAGCGGCCCACAGGGCCUCCUGCCUCUCCACAGCUGACAAGCUUGGCAGCACCGGGCACCAGGAAGCAAGCCCCCCACAAGCCUCUGGUGGACAGUCCUGCUGUGGAUUCAAACAGGACAGACAAGAUGUUCAAGAAGAAACAGAAGACAAAUGCCGCCAGAGAGGUCUUCCAGAGAAACCCUCGCUCCAGGAAGCCAGCCAGCAAGCUGCAGUCUGUUCCUUGUCCACUGGACUUUCCUGUACUCUCCACUUCCAAGACAGUUUGGGUCACCUACAAACCUCAUCCCGAUCGGAUCCAAGAAUACAGCUGCCCUGAGGGAGUGGGUGGACAGAGCACCUAGGCUGACUGACGCAGGAGAGACCCCAGUGACCUGGAGUCGAGUCCAGCUUCCCGCCCAAGGUGGGCCGGUUGGGACCAGGGGGUUGCUCUCAGCCGUCCAGUGCUGCAGAAGGUCUGCUCCCCCUCCCCAUGUCUGUUUCCCUGCCUGAGGAGUCUCCUGCCCUCCAAAGUCUCCCCCAAGGGAGGGAGGGACCUGAGUAGCAUUCUGGGCUCCAGAGAUUUCCAGCUCCACCCCCCUGGAAUAGUAAGGCUCAGCCAUGCAGACCAGCAGUUGUGGGCUUUCCCAGUCUUGAAGUACGGGGAGGAUGUCAAGGACAAAAUGUCCCUUUCCCCACACCAGUGAGGGCGGAGCAUCCUUCACACCGCUAUGACAGUGAGCCACACGGAAGACAACGCCAGCCACCGUGGGUGAUGCUCUGGGGACAUGUAAAAUUAAACAUCUGCUCUCAAGCCGGCGUGGUACAGCAGCCCCAAAAUGGCUUGUUCAAGUUCUUGAGGGGUAAUGAUGAGUUGAGAAAAGGGAACUUUGGAGAGCUGCAUUCCUGAGGUGUUCGACUCCUGUGGGGUGACUCUUGUUAAUCCAUCUAGGCAAGAAUAAGAUCACUACCACAAUUUUUGAGUUAAAAUUGAAGCAAGCUUUAUUUUAGUAUUAUUUUGUUUGUUUGUUUGUUUGUUUGUUUGUUUGUUUGUUUUUGAGACAGGGUUUCUCUGUAGCUUUGGAGCCUGUCCCGGAACUUGCUCUGUAGACCAGGCUGGCCUCAAACUCAGAGAUCUGUCUGCCUCUGCCUCCUGAGUUCUGGGAAGCAAGCUUUAUUAAAAACAGGCCAGGAUGGUGGAUAUCGGCCAGGUUCAUACCCGGGCUUUUCAGAGAAUGACUAUUAGUCCGAUGUCUAUAAAGGCAAAAGCCACAAGGCUAUGUACUUCGUGCCUUCGUCCAAUCAGAGGCAAGCAUACAUCCUGACGUACUUCCUGCCUACAUACCUCCCAUCUAUGUGUGAUCAUGCACAUCCUGUGUGGUUGGGGCAACCAACCUUGUUUGCAGAACUGAAAACACGUGGCCCGUUAUCUCGUUAUCUUACAGGCACAGCAGCCCAGCAUUUCAGGAAGUUAUCUGUCCUCGGGCAAGUGGGACUUGCAGGUCAGAGGCAUUUUUGUUCUGUUUGAAACACAGUAAUAAUUGAGAAACCCUGUCUCGAAAAUCCAAAAAAAAAAAAAAGUAAUUUGAACCUAAACAUAGCUGUAGCUCUCAGACUCUGAAUCUCCAGCAGAAUUGAUGCAGACCCCCAUGAGAGCGCGGAAUGAGAAAGAAAUAAAAAGGAGGCCUCGACCACUCCUAGAUAUGACAGAGGAGACGGUUAUAGUAGAUGCACAGGAGGAAACAGCCAGAGGCGUCAGAGCGAACUGACCUUAUUCCAAGCCAACAGAGGAGAUGAGGGAGGGGAGAGGGGAAAUCCAGGGGCCAAGAGGCCCAGAGGCAAAGAGGCCACAAGGGAAAAGGGGAAAAGGACCAAGUAGCUCAAAUGUCUUGACUGCAUAGAGAAGAGCAACUGGGGGAAGGGUAGCCCAGCUCCUGGGCAGAGUGUUCAGGGCAGGGGCGGGGUAUGCCCGCCAGGAGGACCCUGAAAUAGAUAGGCACUGAGGAAUGCUGGGAGAUCCUGGUGACCGAUAGGCAUCUUAGCCCUGUGACCCCGGUUUGAGACCUAAGAAACACUACCUCAAGCUGACGCAGUCCAGAUGGUCCUGGCCUGGCUGACAUGAACCACAGAGUCACCAGACUCUGGCUACUUUGGGGCUGCAUGCUUGCCUGCAUUCUCUGAGUCUCGUGGUCUCUGCAAACACUGACCGUGGGUAGGAUGGUCUAGUUUGCCGAAGGCUUGCUGCAAGAUGGAGUCACUGUGGCUAGGAUCCGAGGACGGGUCUCACUAUAAGCCUCAACAUUUCCAGCUUUUCUAGCAGAAGAUCUGCCCCAUGGCCCCAUAGAAAGGAAAUCACCCCAGCCAGGCCCAGCAGGAAGGCCCAGGCUGCCCGCAGGCUCCAGCAGCAUUUGCUUAACAAAUACUCAGAUGCAAAAGCUGUAGCGGGGCUGAUGCUCAGCUACAAGCUGGACUUGGCCACUGAGGACCCAGGGGUAAAGGUCAGCAGACAAGAAGCCCUUGGAGGAGCCUAAACAGGCAUCUCAGGGGGGAAAUGGGUUUUUGAAAGGCUAACGAAGAAUCAAGGUCCAGAGGGGGAUGUGGUGGCUCAACUCUAAGGCUAUCCUAGAGUUCAAGGCUAUCCUAGUGAGUUAGGGACUAGCCUGAGCUACAUAAGACUGUCUCAGAUGUGAUAGCCUCCUUACCACCCACCUACUGCCAACAUAAAAUCAAGAUCCCUCGGAAAAAAAAAAAAAAAAAAAAGCUCUGUGAGUUCGAGACCAGCCUGGUCUACAGAGCUAGUUCCAGGACAGGCUCCAAAGCCACAGAGAAACCCUGUCUCGAAAAGAAAAAAAAAAACAAGAUUCCUGAUGUCGCCAGGGCUACUCUGGCUGAUCCAGUAGUGUAAGCCAUGAGGGGCAGAACCUGGAGGUUGGUGUAUGGUCUCAAGUCCCCACGGCACAACUUUCAUCUAAGUGUGAGAACCUUCAUCUACAGGAGAGUCCAUCUCAACCCAGAAAUGCCAGUUCCCUGUCUUCCCUCAGAGUAAGAAUAUCAAGCCUUCCAGUGUCACCAUUGUCCCAAGGAUCCUGAGCCCCUUAUAAUAGAUUCCCUUGGCUUGGGUUAAUGUCUCCUGUUUUGAACUAAUGAAGAGAGACCUUGUAAUAGUUCCAGGAUUGGCAGGUAAAACACAGGCACCAGUUGUUUUCACGGCGGUGUGUGCCCGACUUACAACCAUUUACCCGAAAUUCAAAUUUGCUGGGUGACCCGUAUUUUCAUUUGCUGUCUCUAGUAACUUAAAUUAGUCUCUUUUAAUCCCUUUUUCCCCUCAUUUGUUUAUUUCCUUUAAACACAGGGUCUUAUUACAUAGUCUUAGCUGGCCUGGAACUUACUAGGAAGACCAGGCUGACCUUGAACUCACAGAGAUCCACCGUCUUUUGCCUCCUGAGUGCUGGGAUAAAAGGUGUGCUGGCCCUUCCUUUAUCAGCACACUCAGACACCGAUUUUUGUUGACAGACCAGGUCUAAUCUAGCUGAACUCAGACUGGAUAUUAUUGGCUCUCAAAGAAAACCGGGGCAAAUAGCUAGAUCAGGUGCCUAUUUAACACAUCAGAGUGGACCCUGGUCUUUCCCUUGGCUCCCACUCACAAGGACCUGUCACAGACUGAGUCUUCACAGAGACAUCCCCUGGUCCCAACCUCUCCAGUCCAUGAGCAUCACUCUCCUGGCCCUAGCUUCUUUGAUUCCUAAAUAAGCCAGCCAUUUUGGCUCUGUCUCCUCUUGGUCCAGGUGUUCUUUGGCCUUUCAGUUCGUGGCUCUUCUCUUGGUCUGUUGCUCCCCCCUCCCCCCCCGGCCAUCUCUCCCCCUCUUGACCUCCUCUUCCCUGCCUCCCCUGUCUAAUGCCCCAGUUCAGUCGCCCUGACAUUCACAGGGUUGUAGCGAGUCAAGUCAGGAGGGCAGUGUCUUGUUCCUGACCUUGCAGAUGGGAAGCUUGGGGCUCCUGACCACCGACCUAUAACCCCUUUGUUACUGUGCCAUCACCUGAGAGAUAUCCAGAGAGAACCCAGGGCAAGCACAGGGAGCCUGGUACCCCUAUCAAGUGGCCUCUGAUUGUCCCGGAUGGGGCAGGGUGGUGGCCAUCUUGCAUCUACU